AUGGCGGAUAUAGAUGUACUUGAUGCCUCAGUAUUUUUGUAUUUAGAAGACCUAAUAGAAGAAGAUUUAUUUUAUAUGCUUGUAAAGGAAUGCGAAGAUACAGCGCCUGUAUUUCCUUAUUGGAAAUAUGAUCGAUUUUCGCUUGAAUCCAUGCUUGAGGACGAAUGUUUAUCGGAAUUUCGAGUUUCGAAGACGGACAUACAUCGACUCGUUCGAGUUCUCCAAAUUCCAGAUGAUAUAAUAUGUGAAAAUGGCACUAAAGCGUGUGCACUGGAAGGAUUGUGUAUCCUCCUGAAACGUUUUGCAUAUCCUUGUCGGUACAGUGAUCUCAUACCAAGAUUCGGCAGGUCAAAACCUGAACUUUGCCUCAUUUGCAACGAGGUAAUGAGAUUUGUUGUUGGCUCUCAUGGCUACCUCCUAACAUCUUUUGACCAAGAGUGGCUGCGAGCAAACAAAUUGCAAGAAUAUGCCAGUGCUGUUUAUGAGAAAAGUCAUGCUUUGGGAAAUUGUUGGGGCUUUGUUGACGGUACAGUAAGGGCUAUCUGCAGACCAGAGAAAAAUCAGAAGACAGUCUACAAUGGACAUAAGAGGGUCCAUGCUUUGAAAUACCAAUCUGUUAUAGCAGCAAAUGGCCUCAUAGCCAACCUCUUUGGGCCAAUAGGUAAGUAAUUUUUAGAAUUUGUAUUUAUAUGAAUGAAAAUUUAUUGGAAAUCUCAUAUUCAUUAAUUAUUAAUUUUUAUUUUUUUAUUGUUUUUGAUGUUACUCUGAGUGUAUAUCCACACCGGGCAGGCUGAAAAAUUAGCCUGACCACGGUGGGAAUCGAACCCGCGACCUUUGGGAUACACAUUGGUAUCAAAGGUGCUAGACUUAGUUCCGAAAUACCACACACUUGAACAGAUAGUGCAGGUACUUUUGUCCUGUAAAAAGUGACAGCAGUCUCCACUCUGCUCCCAAAAAAAGAAAUAAUUUUUCAGAGCCUUAGUUUAACCAAAUAAUUUUGAGCAAACAAUUUGUUAGACUGUAGCUAGAUUAUCAGUUUUAAUUGCAUAUACCGGUUCCUUCAUGGUUAAAUGUCGAUCAGAUCUUUAGCUGCAGUCAUGGACUCGGCCUGUUUUUAGGGUGUACUACGUACCGUGCUUGGCGGACAGUGGUGUAGGCCAGUUCACAAAAUCCAGCACUGGCCAGCAGAGCACCAAAUAUGUUGCAUAGGGCAUGCUUAAUCUAUUGAGCCGCAAUGCGCCCCAGUGUACCCUAUUUAUUUUUUUAACUUGUCUAACGCCAGAUGAUUUUACUUGUCAAUGGAGUAACCAAAAAAUCUUACAAUGCACCCUACUUAUUUUUUCACUUGUCUAAUGCCAGAUGAUUUUACUCAUCGAUGGGGCCAGAGGCUUUGCAGCUUAAUUAUGGGUUAAUAAAUAGUUUAUCAGUUAGGCUGAAUGUGCAGAUGUGAAUAAAAGGCUGAACGUGAAUAAGAAUAACAUAGUAUUAUAAUAAAGGAAAUAUAUAUAUACAAUAUAAAGUAUUGCAUGAUAAAUUUAAUUUUUGCACCCCUUCCCCUCCCCCUUUGGGUUAAUAAUUUGAUGCAUGUACCAUAUUGUAACCCUUGUGCUAAUUUUACAGAGGGAAAGUCUCAUGAUGCUGGCAUACUGCGAAGAUCUGAUCUUUUGAACAACCUAGAAGCAUAUUGCAACAGUGAAGAUGGAGAGCCACUCUGCAUUUAUGGCGAUUCUGCAUAUCCUCAGAGGAUGCAUUUGCAAACACCUUACAAACAUAUUGAUUUGACUGAUGAUGAAAAGGCAUUCAACAAAGCUAUGAGUAAAGUCCGAGUCUCAGUUGAAUGCAUCUUCGGUGAGAUUGCAGGGUACUUUGCAUUUGUGGAUUUCAAGAAAAAUCAAAAAAUUGGCUUGCAACAAGUUGGAACAAUGUAUACUACCUGUGCUUUAUUACGCAAUGCCAUUACCUGUUUAUAUGGCUCCACUACCGGCACCUAUUUUAACUUGGAUCCACCAAGUCUGGAGCAGUAUUUUCAGUUCGACCGAGAGUUCGACGACAUACACAACCAAUAGACUGUUGUCAUAAUAAUGGCAAAUGUCAGUAAAACUUAAAAAUGAUGUUACAUGAAAUUUGAUUGGCUAUGCAACAGUUUGAUAUGCAAAUUGUUGUUUAAAAUUGAAACCGAAAUGCUUAUCUGCAUUUGACAUUAUUAUGAGAAACGUCUAUUGUCAAAACGCCUUGUCAAAAAAAGCUUUGUCAAAAAACAGUUCUGAGAAAAUUUAAUAAACCCUUUACAUACCCCCCCCCCCCCACCUUCCAAUAUACCAUUGAAUGCACCCACACCUAAAAUUGAAUAAUUUACAAAACAGAUUGAGUAUAUUAUAAUAUAAUA